GUGUGCCCCUACUCCCAAAGUACUGCUAUUGCAGGAAAGAAGUGUGAUGAGCUGGAGAUGGAGGAUGAGGAAGGCUACACCGCUUUAAAUUUACGACCCUCAGCUUCAGUUAUUACUCCCAGAUAUUCAAGCAGAAACAAAUGUUCUGCAUUUAAGGCUCCAGCCAGUUGUGUUGCAACAGACAGAGCCUCUGCCUCAACUUCCAUAUGGCGGCCAGUGGCCUUUGCUUUCCUUGCCUUGAGCCUGGUGCUGCUGACGGGGCUGGUAACUCUGCUAGCCCUGUUUUUUCAGGUUUCCAAGGAUCCUGAGGAAGGAAAGAAGCUGCAGGAAAUGAGGGAAGCAUUGUGUUUUGAAGGGAAGGAGAAGAAUGAAACAAAAUGUGCUCUCUGUCCAGCAAGCUGGCAAAACAGUGGAGCUGACAACUGCUUCUACAUUUCAAAGCAGAAGAAAACAUGGAAGCAAAGCCAGGAGUUCUGUUCCUCAAGAAACUCCACUCUUCUUGUGCUAAAAGACAAAGCAAAGAUGGUUUCUCUGCCACAGGAUUCACAGUUUUACUGGGUUGGAUUAUCAUACGUAUCUGAAAAGGGUGGCUGGUACUGGGAGGAUGGAACAACUUUUUCCAAACAAGCGACAAACUGGGUAAUGUUAUAUGAAAACAUCUUCUGUGCCUCCUUAUAUGGACGGAUUAUUUAUGCCAGCAACUCCUGUUCAACAAAGCAGUUCUGGAUCUGUGAGAAACUGGCUAUUCGUUUUACCUGAAGAAGCAUCACAAGAAAGGAUGUAGAAUCUGUCACUGUGAGAUACCAACUUUGGGAACUGGGAGUUUAAAAUAUAUUUUUAUUUUUGUUUGUUUAUCAUGCAGUUUUCUCAGAAUGGUGAUUCAAAUGGACAGGUCAUUAGAGACUAAAUAUUCUUCUUUGCCUGCAUUUUCCCUCCCAGGCUCACAAAUGAGAGAGAAGAAAAAACCUACAAAGCUAAAAACAGGCCUAGGAAGCAACUUGAAAGAAUUAGCUACAGUCAAGCAAUGAUUCUUGCGUGACUCUCUAGGUUGAGAACCACACAUUCUCGCAGAUCUAUUUCUUGAGCUUUAGUCAGCAUUUUACACUAACACCUGCCAGUCAUAAACCAGUCCAACUACAUCCCUGAUGAUUUUACUCACUGAGUUACUGUACACACUAACUACCAUCCACCCAUAAUCCUCUUCUAGACCAGUUUGCCUGGGCAUGCCUUCUUUCCUAAAUCUGUUCUUCCAGCUGUUCCUCCAUUUGAGCUAUAGGGAUACAGAAAGAACGCAAGGCUCUACUAAUCCAUAAAAUUCUUUUCACAUAUGCAUUAAUAUUUCUCGAAACAAAAGGACAUUUUUUUAGAAGACUACAGGGAAUGCCUGGAAGCAAUCUUUGUGAAAACUAGAGUCAAAUGUCAUGGUUGGAUUAAAACAUUACCUGAAUAACUUCAGUGCUACCAAAACAUUAAUUGCUAUACAUUUAACAGGGAGGAUAAUAAUUACAUGCUCCAUUCAGAGCUACACACAACCAGUACUCAAACUGAUGCACAAUUCAUUGCCACAAACCUUACCUGAGCUCUUGUAUUAUAUCUACACUGUUUGGGAUCUCUGGAGCCCAAGGUACACACUAUGCACCAUGUGUUAUUAAAGCAUUUGUCAUACUUCUUGAAAGAAAAUGAUGCCUCCACUUUUCUGGGUGGAGUUUCAUUGCAUGAGUUCUUUGAAGUUUUGUAUGUCAGCAUCAGU